UUAAGUAGAAUUGGAAGACAGAAAUGGUCAUUCUUAUGGGGCUGAAGUGGAAAAUUGCUUUUUAAGUGCAGCAUGUGGGAUCUUAGCUUCCUGACCAGGGAUUGAACCCACACCCCCUUCAGUGGAAGCACAGAAUCUUAACCACUGGACUGCCAGAUGGGCAACUCGUACGCUGGACAGCUGAAGACCACGCGGUUCGAGGAGGUCCUGCACAACUCCAUCGAGGCCUCCCUGCGCUCCAACAGCCUGGUACCCAGGCCCAUCUUCUCCCAGUUGUACCUGGAAGCAGAGCAGCAGCUUUCCGCUCUAGAAGGUGGAAGCCAAGUGGACAAUGAAGAAGAGGAAGAGGAAGGGGACGGGGGGCUGGAACAGAACUGUCCCCCAAACCCCUACCAGAUGCAUCCCCCGCCUGAAGGAUGCUGCACCACGGACGGGUUCUGCCAGGCUGGGAAGGACCUGCGUCUGGUCUCCAUCUCCAGUGAGCCCAUCGACGUCCCCGUGGGCUUCCUCCUGGUGGGCGCCAAGUCCCCCAGCCUGCCCGACCAUCUCCUGGUGUGUGCCGUGGACAAGAGGUUCCUGCCAGAUGACAAUGGCCACAACGCCCUUCUCGGUUUCUCUGGGAAUUGUGUGGGCUGUGGCAAGAAGGGCUUCUGUUACUUCACGGAAUUCUCCAAUCACAUCAACCUGAAGCUGACCACGCAGCCCAAGAAGCAGAAACACUUGAAGUACUACCUGGUCCGCAACGCCCAGGGGGCUCUGACCAAAGGGCCUCUCAUUUGCUGGAAAGGCUCAGAGUUCAGAAGCCGGCAGGCGUCCGUGGGUGCGUGCUCCAGCUCUCUGUUCCCGCCGCUGGACAGCUCUGGGCCGCCGGCCCCCUUCCCCGGCGAGCCUGGUCCCGGGACAACCCCGAGCGCCCCGCUGGGAGCCCCGCAGGCAGGACCAGCCCCCGAUCACUCCGCCCUAACUGCUGCCCUGGGUCCAGCUGUUUUCAAUGGCAAAGAUUCCCCGAAGCACCAGCCGCUGGUGAAGAAUCGCCUGUCUGCAGUGCCACGCCCCUCGGCCUUAGGUAUCUUAUCAAACUCCGGCCCCCCCAAAAAACGCCACAAAGGCUGGUCUCCAGAAUCUCCAUCAGCUUCGGAUGGUGGCUACCCCCAGGGAGCAGGGACCAGAGCCAAGUAUGAAAGCGCAGGUGUGACCUGCAUGCCCCAGGUCGGCUUGGUGGGACCAGCUUCAGUCACCUUUCCUGUUGUGGCCUCCGGAGAACCAGUGUCCGUUCCCGAUAACUUGUUGAAGAUAUGCAAGGCCAAGCCAGUGAUCUUUAAAGGCCACGGGAACUUCCCCUACCUCUGCGGCAACCUGAACGACGUGGUCGUGAGCCCCCUGCUAUACACGUGCUACCAGAACUCGCAGUCCAUCUCCAGAGCCUACGAGCAGUACGGGGCCUCCACCAUUCAGCCCAUCUCGGAGGAGAUGCAGCUCCUGCUGACCGUCUACUAUCUCGUCCAGCUGGCGGCGGACCAGGUGCCCCUGAUGGAGGACCUGGAGCAGAUCUUCCUGCGCUCGUGGCGCGAGUCGCAUCUGACGGAGAUCCGGCAGUACCAGCAGGCGCCGCCCCAGCCCUUCCCACCCGUGCAGGGCGCCGUGGCACCCGUGACCUCCGCGCAGCUGCCCUGGCUGGCCGGCUUGGCUGCCAGCUCCUGCAACGACAGCGUGCACAUCAUCGAGUGCACCUACUCUCUGGCCGAGGGCCUCUCCGAGAUGUUCCGGCUGCUGAUCGAGGGCAAGCUGGCCAAGACCAACUACGUGGUGAUCAUCUGCGCCUGCCGGAGCGCCGCCAUUGACUCCUGCAUCGCAGUCACCGGAAAAUACCAAGCCCGGAUUCUUUCUGAGAGCCUCCUCACCCCAGCCGAGUACCAGAAAGAAGUCAAUUAUGAGCUGGUUACUGGGAAAGUGGACUCUCUAGGGGCCUUUUUUAGCACCCUGUGUCCAGAAGGCGACAUUGACAUUUUGCUGGACAAAUUCCAUCAGGAAAAUCAAGGCCUUGUUUCUUCUUCACUUACUGCCUCCUCUGUCACCAAGUCAGCGUCCCUGGAUGUCAGCGGGGCACCUGUGUGCACAAGUUACCAUCUGGAGCCCCACCGCAUCCGGCCCUUCCAGCUGGCUGUGGCCCAGAAGCUCCUCUCCCACGUGUGUUCAAUCGCCGAUUCCAGCACCCAGAAUCUGGACUUGGGAUCCUUUGAGAAGGUGGACUUUCUGAUUUGUAUUCCGCCCUCAGAAGUGACUUACCAGCAGACCCUCUUCCAUGUCUGGCAUUCAGGGGUUUUGCUGGAGCUGGGCUUGGAAAAGGAGCACGUGACCAGGCAGAGGGUGGAGCAGUAUGUUCUGAAGCUUGAUGCCGAAGCGCAGACGAAGUUCAAGUCCUUCCUGCAAAACUCCUUUCAGAAUCCGCACACACUCUUCGUCCUCAUCCACGACCACGCCCACUGGGAUCUCGUGAGUAGCGCUGUUCAUAACCUGUACUCCCAAAGUGACCCGUCUGUGGGGCUGGUGGACAGAUUGCUCAACUGCAAGGAGGUGAAGGAGGCCCCCAACAUCGUGACGCUCCACGUGACCUCCUUCCCCUAUGCGCUGCAAACGCAGCACACCCUCGUCAGCCCCUACAACGAGAUCCACUGGCCGGCCUCCUACAGUGACGGCGUGGACUUGUAUCCCGAGAACAAGAAGUACUUCGGGCUGUCUGAGUUCAUCGAGUCCACACUCUCAGGACACAGCCUCCCAUUGCUGAGAUACGACAGCUCCUUUGAGGCCAUGGUCACCGCACUGGGAAAAAGGUUCCCCCGCCUGCACAGCGCGGUGAUCAGGACCUUUGUUCUCGUGCAGCACUAUGCGGCCGCCAUGAUGGCCGUCAGCGGCCUCUCGCAGAUGAAGAACUACACGUCCGUGGAGACGCUGGAGAUCACGCAGAACCUCAUCAACUCCCCGAAGCAGUGCCCCUGCGGCCACGGGCUCAUGGUCCUGCUGCGGGUGCCCUGCUCCCCACUGGCGGCCGUGGCCUAUGAGCGGUUAGCCCACGUGCGGGCACGUCUGGCCCUGGAGGAGCACUUUGAGAUCAUCCUGGGGAACCCCGCCUCCGGCAUCACCAUAGGAAAGCACUUCCUCAAGCAGCUCAAGGUGUGGCAGAACAUAGAGGAUGCAGAGUGGCGGCCUCAGACGUACUUGGAGUUGGAGGGCCUGCCUUGCAUCCUGAUCUUCAGUGGGAUGGACCCACACGGGGAGUCCUUACCAAGGUCCCUGAGGUACUGUGACCUGCGGCUCAUAAACUCCUCCUGCUUGGUGAGGACGGCCCUGGAGCAGGAGCUGGGCCUGGCCGCGUACUUCGUGAGCAGUGAGGCUCCCCUGGAGAAGGGCGCCCGGACUGAGGCCUUGGAGAGCGAUGGGGAGAAGCUGAGCAGCACAGACAACGAGGAUGAAGAGCUGGUGACGGAAGGCUCCACGUCAGAGAAGCGGAGCCCUGUGAAGAGAGAACGAUCCCGCUCCCAUGACUCCGCGUCUUCAUCCCUCUCCUCUAAGGCGUCCAAACUGGAAAGAGAAGGGGUCUGUGAAGAACUGGCCUUUCUAGAGAGCUCAGCACCAUGCGGGGAGUCCUCGGCCGGACCCUCGCAGGGGGAGCGGGCCCGGUCCCCACUGCCUUGCGGCCCCUCGGAGGAGGCCAGGGCCCCUGGGGAGAAACAGAGGCUCCGGGCAGCAGGGGGGCCAGCGUCGGUCAUCAGCAGGCACAGCCCGGGGCUGACCCCACAGCCGGAUCCCAGCCUCAAGAGCGGCCAGCGGGGCGUCCAGGUGUCAGCCCCAUCGGCAUCCUCCUCGGGCUCAGCCUCCUCACCGGUGCUGCCCGCCGCCGGCCCGCUCGUCCUGCAGGCCUCCCAGUGCUCCAUGACCAAGUCCUGCCGGCAGCCGCCCGUGGUCUUCCUGCCCAAGCUGGUGUACGACAUGGUCACGUCCACGGACGGCAGUGGCCUGCCCAAGGCCGCCUCGCUCCUGCCGUCGCACUCGGUCAUGUGGGCCAGCUCCUUCCGGCCCCUGCUCAGCAAGACCAUGACGUCCACGGAGCAGUCGCUCUACUACCGCCAGUGGACGGUGCCCCGGCCCGGCCACAUGGACUACGGCAACCGUGCCGAGGGCCGCGUGGACGGCUUCCACCCGCGCCGGCUCCUGCUCAGCGGGCCACCCCAGAUCGGGAAGACGGGCGCCUACCUGCAGUUCCUCAGCAUUUUGUCCAGAAUGCUCAUUCGGCUGACGGAAGUGGAUGUUUACGAUGAGGAAGAGAUCAACAUCAACCUCAGAGAAGAUUCGGAUUGGCAUUACCUCCAGCUCAGUGACCCCUGGCCAGACCUGGAGCUGUUCAAGAAGUUGCCUUUUGACUACAUUAUUCACGAUCCAAAGUAUGAGGACGCCAGUCUGAUCUGCUCACACCAUCAAAGUGUCAAGAGCGAAGACAGAGGGACGCACCGGAAGCCGGAGGACCUGUACAUGCGACGCCAGACGGCGAGGAUGAGGCUGUCCAAGUUCGCAGCGUACAACACCUACCAUCACUGUGAGCAGUGCCACCAGUACAUGGGCUUCCACCCCCGCUACCAGCUCUAUGAGUCCACCCUGCACGCCUUUGCCUUCUCUUACUCCAUGCUAGGAGAGGAAAUCCAGCUCCACUUCAUCAUCCCCAAGUCCAAGGAGCACCAUUUUGUCUUCAGCCAACCUGGAGGCCAGCUGGAGAGCAUGCGACUGCCCCUCGUCACAGACAAGAGCCACGAAUACAUAAAGAGCCCGACGUUCACUCCCACAACUGGCCGUCACGAGCACGGACUCUUUAACCUGUACCACGCGAUGGACGGUGCCAGCCACCUGCAUGUGCUGGUUGUCAAGGAGUACGAGAUGGCGAUUUACAAGAAAUACUGGCCCAACCAUAUCAUGCUGGUCCUCCCCAGCAUCUUCAACAGCGCUGGAGUCGGCGCCGCCCACUUCCUGAUCAAGGAGCUGUCUUACCACAACCUGGAGCUGGAGCGGAACCGUCAGGAGGAGCUGGGAAUCAAGCCGCAGGACAUCUGGCCUUUCAUUGUGAUUUCUGAUGACUCCUGCGUGAUGUGGAACGUGGUGGACAUCGACGGUGGGGGUGAGAGAAGCAGAGAAUUUUCCUGGUCGGAGAGAAACGUGUCCUUGAAGCACAUCAUGCAGCACAUCGAGGCGUCCCCCAACAUCACCCACUAUGCCCUGAUCGGCAUGCGGAAGUGGUCCAGCAAGACCGGGAGCCGCGAGGUGCGCGAGCCCUUCUCCCGCUGCCACGUGCAUGACUUCAUCGUCUUGAACGUGGACUUGACCCAGAAUGUGCAGUACAACCAGAACCGGUUCAUGUGUGACGACGUGGACUUCAACCUGAGGGUGCACAGCGCCGGCCUCCUGCUCUGCCGGUUCAACCGCUUCAGCGUGAUGAAGAAGCAGAUCGCGGUGGGCGGGCACAGGUCCUUCCACAUCACGUCCAAGGUGUCAGACAGCCCCAUGGCUGUUGUGCCCGCCCAGUACAUCUGCGCCCCCGACAGCAAGCACACGUUCCUCGCGGCCCCCGCGCAGCUCCUCCUGGAGAAGUUCCUCCAGCACCACAGCCACCGCUUCUUCCCACUGUCCCUGAAGAAUCCCGGCCACCCUGUGCUGUCCGUGGACUGCUACCUGAACCUGGGGUCUCAGAUCUCUGUGUGUUAUGUGAGCUCCAGGCCCCACUCUUUAAACAUCAGCUGCUCUGACUUCGUGUUCAGUGGACUCCUGCUGUACCUCUGUGACUCUUUUGUGGGAGCUAGCUUUUUGAAAAAGUUUCAUUUUCUGAAAGGUGCCACCUUGUGUGUGAUCUGUCAGGACCGCAACUCGCUCCGCCAGACAGUCGUCCGCCUGGAGCUGGAAGACGAGUGGCAGUUUCGGCUGCGAGACGAAUUCCAGACGGCCAACGCCAAGGAGGACCGGCCGCUCUUCUUCCUGACUGGACGGCACAUCUGAGGGUGGAGCCUGCCCAACCUCAGGCUGCUGAGGCUAAAGGAAGAAUUACAACCCCGGGGUGUCUGGACUGGGAUGGGACCCAGAGGUGUCUGUAGGCCACACCUUCACGGUAGGUGCCAGGGAACCGUAGGUCCCAGAGAUGCACGGAGACUUACUGAGAGCAACGGGGACGAGUGGAUGGUGAGCAAGAACUCCAACCCCAGACUUCUAGGUUCCGGGCCAGACCCCACCGCCCUGGCCUGUAUCAAAGUCCAUUUUAUGAAGAACAAAGUUUUGCCUACUGUCACGUCAUCCAUAUGCUUCCAUGGACACACUUGGACAAACUUGACUUUCCUCUUAGUUCUGAAGGGUCCCUUUUGGAGUAGCUUGUAGAGAUGCCAGCAUUUCAGAUGAUGGAUGUGAUGUUGGCUGAGUAGGUUUCCCUCUAACCUACUCCAGAGCAAUAGUCCAAAAGACAAUUUUAACCUAAAGGCUGGACACAAGGAAAAAUGAAGUAGGUUCACUUAAUUAUGAAUUGUGUAAGUUGACUCUUUUAGAAACUAGCCCAAAGGCAUCAAAUUUAAUAAAGUAAAACAAAUAGUUUCACUUCAGAGCAAAUACGAUUCUAUUAAAAUAGUAUAGGGUAAAUACCCUACCUCUUAGAAAGGGCAAAAGUGAAAAGAAACUUUAAAAAAAAAAACUACAGGGGUUGCAGGAAGGAAAUUAGGAUUGCAGAGAUUGACCUUGAGAAGCAAAAUUUGCCUUACAAAGGAAAGAGAGCCAAACGUCUUACUUGAAACAAACAGUGAAAACAACCAAAGUGAUAGGGAAAAUAGUUGAUAAGAACUAGACUUCUGACUCUAAUUUAUUGAAGCUCAAUUUUUAGCUCCCUGAAUUGCUCGUCUUCUCUUCUGAAUGUUAGGUCCCCGUCCAGAGAGGAAGGGGACAGACAAAGUAACAGGGUUGUACUGUGCUACCCAUCCUCUGCCUUGCCUGCCAGAAUAUUUUUUAAACCAGCAUGUUAGGGUGCCCCCUAGAGGCCGGGCCCGGGGCCAGGUGCUUUCACAGCUACUGUCUCGCUUACCCUUUCCAGCAGCCUGUGCUGUGGAAUCAUUCUUCCCAUUUGAAAGAUGAGCCAGUUGAGAUGCAAACAGUGCAUCUCCCCAAGAUCACACAGCUGCUGAGAAGCAGAGCAGACUCCGGGGUCCGUCUCCCCGCCCCACCACACUGUUUAUGGAGUGGCCCGUAGCCAGAGGAAAAGUUGAAAGGUCCUCAGAAAUGAAUCAGCAGAAUGCACUCUUGUCCAUCCAUCUUAGACGUUUAUAAGCACUCUAAUGGAUACUAAUCCGAGAAGGAAUUAUGUUCAAAGAUGAUGCCAAAGAGUUAAUGUCAAUCUUUUCUUCCCUGAGGAAAAAAAAAUAGUCCACGAGUAUAAAAAAUUUAGAUCAGUGUUUCUAAAAAAUGAUCACUUUGUAUAUGUCAUUAUUCCUAUUUUGGAAUAAAAACUUACCUUCUUGAGUUCUACCUUCUUGAGUCUUUCAUAAAUGGCAGU